AUGCUAAACAACUGUUAUACUCUUCGUCAUAGUCCUGUAUUCAGAAAUCCAAAAUCAAAUGUUGCAGUAUAAUAAUUAACUACUCUAAUUAAUGAAACUGCAGGUCGAUUAUCUCCACUUCAACCGUAAGUCAAAAAAAUAGUUGGAAUUAAAAAAAAUUCAUCAACUGAUCAUUAAUUACCUCUUUGUGAAGUGCCUUUUCAAACUAAUUUUUUUGCAUAACAUGAAAAUGAUUUAUCUUAUUCUAAUAGAAGCAAUAUUUAAACUAAUAGAUAAUUUAGUAGAAAUUAAAGAACAUAAAGUGUUUAUACAGGUAAUAAAGAAAACUUUGUAAGAAGUCCAACUAGAAGUCCAUUUUCUAAACCAGUUAUUUAAAAAGAUUGUUAUACACCUAUUUAUAAAAGGAGUCCUAUUUAAAGAGUGUAAUCUCCAGGAAUUAUAGCAGGCAUAAGAUAAGCUAAUUAAAAAGGGUUUGGAUCCAUAAGUCCAUUAAGAAUCUAACAUAAGCCUAAUUAAAGAGAGCCAUUGUCUGAAAUGGUUGAUAAUUUAAAACAAAAUAUUUUGAGAGAUAUUUAAGAAGUCACAAAAAAAUAUUCAAACACUAUUAUAUAAGUCAAUUAAUAACCAGAAAGAUUUAAAUAAGAUAUAAGAGAAGUUAGAUAUGACGAUUUAAAAACACAAGAAUUUAAAAAGUAGAAAUAUCUCGAACAUUAGGCAUUAUUAUUACAAUAAUAAUUAGAAUUAAUCAAAUAAUAAUAAUAAUAAUAAUAAUAAUAAUAAUAAUAAUAAUAAUAAUAAUAAAAGAUAGUUAUACAAAAUAAACAGAGCUUUUCUUCUCAAGAAAAUCUUAUCAAUCCAACUUAUGACCCUAAUAAAUAAUAUUAAUAAAGAUAAAAUGAAUUAACUUUUUUAAAAUCUUUAGAAAGCUAAAAUAGAUCAUAAUCAUUUGCUGAUUAAUAAAGUAACUUCUAAAGUCUUAGACAAGAUCAAACUUAAAAGAUUAAACAAAUUUAAGAAAUUAAAAAAUUUACUUAUGAUCCAUAAUAUUAAAUGUAAGUUACUUAAUAUUAAGUUGAAGAUAGAACACCACUCUAAAAUAUUAGUAAAUUCAAUUAACAAAUUGAUUAUUUGCAGAAAUUGAAUAAUAAGAUUGAAUCUAUUUAAAAACAUUAAAAUCAAGUAUCUGAGUACUUAAAACCUUAAGAAUCUAAAUUAAAUGAGGAAUUUUCUAAAACAACUAGACAUUAAGAUUAUUAAAUAUAAAAUACUCCAGAUUUGUAUUAAGAUAAAAUGGUUUAAAAUUAUUUUUAAUCUCCAACUAAUCUUAAUUAAGAAAAAUAAUAUCCAGUAUUUUAAACAUCAAGAAACGGUUAUUCACCUAUUGGCAAUCGAGAACCUCUUUCAAAUAAUAAAGAAUCAAUUAAUAAUAUGUUAAAUAACAAUAAUAAAAUAUUAGCUACCCUGAAUUCUUAAAAUGAAUUAUAAAAGUUAAAGAACUUACAAUUAGAGUUAAUGUAAAAUAAACCAUUAUUUGAAUAGCCUAAAUAAUCGAAAAUUGAAUUUAAUUUUAACAAAUAGUUAGAAACACUUGAAACUAAAAAUGAAAAAAAUUAUUUUAAUACUUUUGCAUAAACUCAAUAAAUUUAAAUUGAAAAAAUUAAUUAGUAAUAAGAAGUUAUUUAAGAUGAAAAUGUUAACUUUAAUAAGACUAAUCUUGCUUCUAAUAUUAAAUAAUAGUAAUAGUAGUAAUAAUAAUAAUAAUAAUAAUAAUAAUAAUAAUAAUAAUAAUAAUAAUAAUAAUAAUAAUUAUCUAAGUAUAUAUAACUUUAGAAUUAAUAAGAUAAAUUAUAAGCAUUUCAAGAUAUAAAUAAAUAAAUAAAAUAAUAAAAAUUACCAGCUUAUUUAAAAGGAGUUGAUGAAACAGAUGAUGAUGUUAAUAAUCAAAUAACAAUUAGUAAUUUAUCUUCAAUUAUUCCAGCUGAGAUUUCUGCAAAUUAAAAUAAAAAAAUUAAUGUAUCAUUUGAAAGCAGUAUUGAAUAAUAAUAAUUUGAUUGUCUAAAAGGAUCUGAUUGCAGAAAUACAUUUGGACCAUUAUAAUUAGAAACUAUUUUAAAAUCUCCAAAUAUUUAUCAAGAAAUUAGACCCCAAUAGCAUUCUCCUUGUUAACCUGAAUUUGAUUUAAAUAGUUCAAGAUAAUAAAUAUAGAAUUUUAAUAACUAUUAAGAUAUGUUAUUUUAUAAUGAUUAAGAUAAUAUAAUUAGUAGACAAUGUACAAAUAAUAAUGAAAGUGAAAAAAAACAAUCUAAAAUAUAAUAUGAUGAACCAAUAAAGCAAAGCAAUUUAAUUGAAUAAUUAGAUGCAAUUGAGAAAAUAAUUAAAUCUUAACCUCAAUCUAGAUAGUCGAGAGAUUCUAAGUCAUUAGAAAAUUAUUCUAAAAAUAAUAGUAGAAUCUAAAAUAGUAUUUCAACAUAAAAAACUAAAAGUCCAAAAAAUAACAGCAUUGUUAAAUAACAAUAAACUUUUAGUCCUAUUGGAACUAAAAACUCAAUUGUAGUUUAACCUUUUUAAAAAGAAAGUCCUAGCAAUAGAAUUGCAACAAAAGAAAGUGAAAAAAAUAAAAAUUAAAUUAAAACUCAGUAAAGUAUAUUUGAUAAUAAAAGUUUUGAUAAAAUAUCUUCAGGAUAAAGUUAAAGGUAUAGUGAUUAUAAAGAUGAUAAAACUUAAGUUGAUAAAGAUAAACAAGAAUAAGAGUAUUCAUCAAAUAAUUCAUCAAGAUAUGAAUAAAUGUUACAAAAUUUUUAAAAUUUAAAAAAUUAAUCUAGAAUAGAAUUUUAAUAAGAAAACCAAGCAUUUAAAUAAUCAAUGUAAGUGAAUGAAUGUUAACACAUCAGUGAUUUUGUGAUAUUUAGUGAUAAAUAGAAUGAAACUCAAUAAGAAAUAGUUAAAAAGAAAACUGUUACUUUUAAUGAAUAAUUAAUUUAAUAAUCUCCUAGUGAAAAAGAAAAACUAUAAGUAGGAACCAAUUUUAGUGAUUUUAUGAAGAUAAAAGCUUUAGAUAUUCUCUCAUCUGAUUCUAUACCAGUAAUUCCUUAAGAUGCUUUUACUUUAACUUAAUUAUAACCAAAAGGAGGAAUAAGUAAUAUAUUGUAUUAUUUGUAGGUUUUCUAUAAUAUAAGCAAUAGUUAGAAAAUUGA